UCUCCCACUUUUUUGGCAAUCACGUUACAUACGUUCUAACACUUCGUACUCAAAGACCUCUUCUCCCACUUAAAAAACUUCUAUAUAUAUUUCCACUUUCUUACACAACAUUCCCUCAGCCACUUGAUCACAACCAUGUCUUCAUUCUCUUCACUCAUCUUCCUAACCCUGUCGUUAACUCUCCUGUUCUUAAUCUCCCCAGCCGAUUCGACAUCGAGACGAGCUCUAAACAAAUCGAUUAAAACACCUGGCAUCAAGAUCACCUUAACGCACCGCGAUUAUGGCAAGAAUUUAACCAAAAUUGAGCUCUUCGAACGCGCAAUCAAGCGCGGGAAAAACAGGCUACAAAGGCUUAACAAAUUGUCGUCGUAUUCGAUAGCGGUUGAGACGACAAAAUCAUCGUCAGCGAAGUCGAAAGUGCAUGCGGGAAGCGGCGAGUAUUUAAUGGACAUAGCGAUUGGAACUCCAGCCGAAUUAUAUUCAGCGAUUUUGGAUACGGGGAGUGAUUUAAUAUGGACGCAAUGCAAGCCUUGUGACGAGUGUUUCGAUCAGGCGACGCCGAUUUUUGAUCCGUCGAAAUCGUCUUCGUAUUCGGCGAUACCGUGUUCGAAUAAACUAUGCACGGCUCUACCGACGUUUACUUGCGGCAAAAGUAAACAGUCUUGCGAGUAUCUUUACACCUACGGUGAUCAGUCCUCGACCGAAGGCGAAUUGGCGACCGAGACUUUCACGUUCGGGAAAGUCUCAGUCCCGAACAUCGGUUUCGGUUGCGGUUCGGAUAACGAGGGCAGCGGGUUCAGCCAGGGGGCCGGACUCGUUGGCCUCGGGAGAGGCCCGCUCUCGUUAAUUUCGCAAAUGGACGAGCCAAUUUUCUCGUAUUGUUUAACAUCGAUUGAUGACGAAACUAGUACGAGUACACUUUUCAUGGGGCAAGCCGCGAGCGCGCAAUCCAAAUCUGACGGAAAAAUGAUAUCGACUCCACUCAUAAAAAACCCAUCAUUCCCUUCCUUUUAUUACCUUUCACUCAAAGGCAUCACAGUGGGCGACACAAAGCUAUCAAUCGAUGAGUCCGUCUUCGCACUCAACGACGCGGACGGGAGCGGAGGCCUCAUCAUCGACUCUGGCACCACCAUCACGUACCUCGAAGAAUCCGCAUUCGACGAAAUAAAAAAAGAGUUCGUUUCACAAACAAAGUUACCCGUAGACGACUCUGGCUCAAUGGGCCUCGACGUCUGCUUCAAAUUACCCGCAAACGUUGACAGCGUCGAGGUCCCGAAACUAUUAUUCCAUUUCGACGGAGGGAGUCUCGAUUUGCCAGCCGAGAACUACAUGAUUGCGGAUUCGAGUAUCGGAGUUGUGUGUUUAGCCAUGGGGAGUUCACAAGGAAUGUCGAUAUUCGGGAAUGUGCAGCAGCAGAAUAUGAUGGUGCUUCAUGAUCUCAAGGCUCAGACGUUGUCUUUCAUGCCAACUGAGUGUGAUAAGUUGUGAUCAUGUUAGUACUUGAGUUGUGUGUUGUUACGGACGUUAUGCAUGCGUUUCUUGUUUGAUUGUUGAUUCUAUUAUGUUUAUAUACAGAAAGGAUUUAAGGCUA